CAUCCUAAAACUCGAAAACAACACUUCUCUCCUCUUAUUAAAAUGGUCCUUUCCCACCCAUUCUGAGUCUCUAACCUCGAACUCGAUCUCAUCCAACUCCCCCAACCUUUCAAAGAGAUCGAGAUGGCGAAUUUCCUCUCUCCAUUUCUCCUUUGGUUCGUAUACUAUGCCUGCAUCGUUCAUGUCACAGCAAAACAGUGGCCUGCAGUGGAACUGGGAGGAUCUACAAAGUUCUAUGAUUUCAAGGUCCAAACCAAGAGAAUCACCAAAUUGUGUACGAGCAAAGACAUCGUUACAAUAAAUGGGAUGUUUCCAGGACCAGUAGUAUACGCCCAAGAAGGUGAUAAAGUGAUUGUCAAAGUUACCAACGAGACACCCUUCAACACUACCAUCCAUUGGCAUGGUGUCCGGCAGAAGCUCUCGUGCUGGUUUGAUGGGCCCUCUUACAUUACUCAGUGCCCCAUCCAAGGUGGGCAGUCUUUCACCUAUCAGUUCACUCUGGUGCAACAGAAGGGUACAUUCCUUUGGCAUGCUCACGUCUCUUGGCUCCGGGGGACAGUCUAUGGUGCCAUUGUCGUCUAUCCCAAGAGAGGAGUCCCUUAUCCUUUUAAACAUCCUGACGGAGAACAAAUUAUCAUCUUGGGCGAAUAUUGGCUCAAGGAUGUCUUACAACUCGAGCGGGAUGUUCUAGCAAGCGGUGGAGUGCCUCCACCGACAGAUGCUUAUCUCAUCAAUGGAUACCCUGGUCCCAACUACAAAUGCUCUGCAAAUGAUGUGUAUAAGAUGGACGUAAUCCCAGGGAAGAGGUACUUGCUGAGGAUUAUUAAUGCAGCCCUAAACGUGGAGCACUUCUUCGCCAUUGCUAACCACAAGUUAACCAUCGUGGAAGCUGAUGCCGAGUACACGAAGCCCUUCACCGUCGACCGCCUGAUGAUCGCACCCGGCCAGACGAUCAACGUGCUUGUUAAAGCCGAUCAGCCCAUCGGCAAAUACUCCAUGGCCAUGGGUGCCUACAUGUCGGCCAGGAAAGUUCAGUUUCAGAAAGUGCCGGCGGUAGCCUUCUUCCAAUACACUGGUGCUUCACUCUCCAGCUUCGCCUUAACCGCUCAGCUUCCUUGUUACAACGAUAACCUUGCUGUUAAGACGGUCAUGGAUGGUCUCAGGAGCCUGAAACCCGUCAACGUUCCUCUACAGAUUGACACAAACCUUUUCUUCACCAUCGGGCUAAACGUCCAGAAGUGUCAUUCCUCAAACCCCAAGCAAAACUGUCAAGCAGCCAACGGUGGGGUCUUGGCAGCUUCCAUCAACAAUAUCAGUUUUAUCAUGCCUAAGGUUUCACUUCUGCAGGCUUAUUACAACAAGAUGAACGGCCACUUCACUGAGGAUUUCCCUGGUGUGCCCCUGAAGAUGUAUGACUUUGUGAAUGGGGCCCCAAACAAUAUCCCUAUUGACACUCAGUCAUCAAGUGGGACUAGGACUAGGGUGCUUAAAUAUGGGUCCAGGGUGCAACUUAUCUUACAGGAUACUGGGACUGUCAGCACUGAGAACCACCCAAUUCAUCUUCAUGGCUAUAGCUUUUACGUAGUGGGCUAUGGAAGUGGCAACUACAACCCUCGCACUGCAAAGCUUAACUUGGUUGACCCACCUUACAUGAACACCAUUGGUGUACCUGUGGCUGGAUGGGCUGCAAUUCGAUUUGUUGCAGACAAUCCAGGGGUUUGGUUCCUGCAUUGUCACCUAGAGAUACAUGCUUCUUGGGGCUUAUCCAUGGCUUUUAUAGUGAAGAAUGGGAAUGGCGAGACAGAGUCCCUUCCGCCUCCUCCAACAGACUUGCCUAAAUGCUAGAAGUGCUGAAUGCCGGAAGGAUGCAUGGUGGUGGGAUGACAAGCCACAGUUGUGAUUUCAGAAACCAGAACCAAUAUUCUUUUUCGCAAGUGUUUAAUAUGCGUCCCUUGGUUACUUGGAAAAAGAGGAAAAGAAAAAAAAAAAAGUAAAGAAAAAGGAAAGGAAA